AUGGACCCCUCAAACAUCGCCAAGUACGAUAUGGAUUUAACGAAAGAAGAAGAGCGCGCCAACGCAGCCAUCCAUGAACUAUUGAAAGCUGCAAUCCCUCGUCGCCCGACCGAAGAAAGAAGCGUCCAACCUUCCAAGACGUAUCGAAUCAACGACUCUCUAAAACCUUCCGUCCUCUCCAAGGAUGCUUCUCCAGUCGAAAUGAGACACUGGUUGGAUUCGUUUAAGGCAUACUACACUUCUAACAAUAUGGAGACAUUCAGCAAAUCCGAAAGACUUUCGUAUUUUAAAAUUCUCCUCGAUUGCGACCUGAAGACGAGAAUUACAUCCAAAAUGGACGACAGCACCGAUAUCUUCGGUAAAGAUGGUUGUUUGGAGAUCCUCGAGCGUGAUUUCCUCUGCAGAUACCCCUUGUUUUCGAGAAGGCUGGAUUUUUUUCAAAAACAACAGAAAGCGGGCCAACCUUUCACCGAUUAUAUGGCGAGGCUCAAAGAAUUGUCGAAGUUGGCCGACCUCGAGAAGCUUUCGGUCGAGGAGAUUUUCGUAUUUUGCGCUCUUCGUGGAACAACCGACAAGGAUCUCCUGGAUGACUUCCUCGAGCUACCCGAAAAGACGCUGAAGGCGAUCGAAGAUACCGCCAGCUUAUACGAAAGCAAGUUAUACUCCAAGGCCAAACUCAGUGCUCCCGUCGACACCGCCAGUCCCGUCCUGAAGGUGUACCCGCCACCAACCAAACGUCAAGGAUUCCGAGGAGGAAAUCCCAAACGAGAUCGACCGAACGCCAACGCCAAAGCCCCGACCGAUGCGAAACGUCCUUCUUCCGUGCGCGAGAUGCGAGACCGCGGCCUUUGCACCAGGUGUGGACGGAACAACCACAACACCAGCGGCUGCUCGUACGACAGAUCCGUCGUCUGCAAUAACUGCGGCAUCAAAGGCCACAUCGCUCCCGCUUGUAUGGGACGUAAGAUUAAUGUCAUCGGCCAAGGAAAUGAUCGUGGAGGCUCCAGAUCCAGAGAAAGUUCGCCAUCCGAGAGCUCUUGUACGUCCGAUUGA